AUGCUAGCAGUCGUCUCUGAAAAUCACAAGCUCUAUCUUCGAAAUACGCCAAAGGCGAAGAUUGCUGCUCCUAACGAUAUUCUCGUCAAGGUGGAUUAUGCCGCACAGAACCCCAUUGAUGUGAUUCUUAAUGACAACAAGAUGUUGAAAGAUGGCAAGAUAUCAGGAAAUGACUUUGCAGGAACCGUUGUUGCCAUUGGAUCUAGUGUACGAGAUCGAACGCUGGUGGGGAAACGAAUCGCUUCCUUUGCUGAUGGUCACAACAAUGACUACCCUUCGGGUUCCUUUGCCGACUACGCCAUUGCGAAAGAUGGUAUCUAUACAGUGCUACCUGACUCAGUGAGUAGUGUCGAAGCCGCUACAAUUCCUUUAGCAUACGUUACUGCUGUCCACGGUCUUUACACCUCGGCUCGGCUCGAUCUAGAAGGGAAACCAGCACAAACUAUUCUCGUAUGGGGAGGUAACUCGUCCGUGGGUAGAUAUGCACUCCAACUGGCCAAGCUCAAUGGCCACCACGUUCUCACUACAGCCAACGGAGGCAAUAACGAAGAGCUGAUUAAACUCGGCGCGGACAAAGUGUACAACUACCGAGAUACAGAUGUGGUCGACAAGAUCAAGGCUGAUUAUGGUCCCAUCAAGUAUAUUUUCGACGCCAUUGGAACAGCUUCUUCAGCUUCUGCAUGUGCCAAAUCUGCUGCUGAUCCCAGUCACUACACCACUGUCAGACCGGAUGCAGCACAUACAAAAGAAUUCCCGAGUUACAUUACCGUUUCGACCAUCAUUGUGUACCAGGUGUUCUUCACAGAUACGGAAGAGGCAGUUGUUGGAGAUAAGUAUCUAACGGAUGCAUAUACGUGGCUGAAGAGCAAAAAGCUGGUCUGCAAUGUUCCAAAACUUGUUGGAGGCUUGGACAAGAUUGAGGAAGGAUACCAGCUUCAUCGAAAGUACCAGAUCAAGGGAGUGAAACUCGUUUACCGAGUAGGUGAGGUGGGGCGACUCUAG